AUGUCCGACAUUAUCGAGUUUUUGGAAACAUGCCGGAUAUGCAAAGAAAACGUUCCUAUCGAAAAUAAUGUUCUUCAAAUCUACGAUACCACUUGCGUAAGAUUCUUGGAAGAAAUAAAAGAGAUCUCAGGCGUAGAUUUUAAUGGAGUUUUCGAGCAACCGUGGUAUAUUUGCAUGAACUGCUAUACAACUCUUACAGCAGCUCAAUUAUUUCGAAAACGGUGUAUUGAAUCUUAUGAACUUUUUAAAAAUAGUCAACGACUAGACGGGAAUCCGAGUAAUGAAGAUCUUUUGGAAAAGAUAUUGAAUUACAACCCAGAUGCGCCGGUGGAGCAAGAGGAAAGGAUGGAUGAAUUAGUCUUAGAAAAUGAGCCAACCAUCAGUGUAAAUCAGCCAUUAAUUAUUGAGGAAGUGAUAAUUACAAAUGUUCAACCGGUUGAAAAAACGAGAACCAUAUCAAGAAUUUGUGAAAUCUGUGGUAACGUGUUUGAAAAGAAGCGAAACUUCAAAUUACAUCUCCAAAGACAUACCAACAACAAGCGUUUUGAAUGCGAAUUAUGUCUACAUAAAUUUCAUACUAAUACGGAACUCAAAUGCCAUAUGAGAAAACAUACCGGAGAAAAACCAUACCAAUGCAAAUAUUGUCAUCGCAAAUUUUCCGACUAUGGAACACAUAAAAAACACGAGAGAACUCACACAAACGAACGUCCAUUUUGCUGCAAUUUUUGUGAGAAGUCGUUCACAAAUCAAUUUAUGCUGAAAAACCACAUCUUGAUUCAUACUGGCAAAAGAAAUUAUAAGUGUCAUACUUGUAACAGGGACUUCAUCUAUCCAGGGCAUCUAACAACUCAUUUAAAAUCAUUGUUUCAUAAAAAAAAUUUAAAACUUAUUGAGCUAGGAGAAAAAAUAUGAUUUCAAAAGU